GCUGCCUCAGUCUGCGGCGGGCAGCAGAGGAGUCGCGUCGUGCCUGCGAGCGCGGCUGUGCUCCUGGGCCCCUCGCGGUCCGCCCCCGCGGCUCCUCAACUGACUGCCCCUAGGACCCUCUGCCCCAAGCCGCCGCCAUGAACUACCUGCGGCGUCGCCUGUCCGACAGCAACUUUAUGGCCAAUCUGCCGAAUGGGUACAUGACAGACCUGCAGCGCCCGCAACCUCCCCCGCCGCCCCCGUCGGCCGCUAGUCCCGGAGCCACACCCGGUUCCGCGACCGCCUCGACUGACAGGGCAUCCACCGCUGCGCCGGUGGCCUCUCAGGCAGCCCCCAGUCCAGGGUCAUCGGGGGGCGGUGGCUUCUUCUCGUCGCUGUCCAACGCUGUCAAGCAAACCACAGCAGCUGCAGCUGCCACCUUCAGCGAGCAGGUGGGCGGCGGCUCUGGGGGCGCAGGCCGCGGGGGCGCCGCCGCCAGGGUGCUGUUGGUCAUCGAUGAGCCGCACACCGACUGGGCAAAAUACUUCAAAGGGAAGAAAAUCCAUGGAGAAAUUGACAUUAAAGUAGAACAGGCGGAAUUCUCUGAUCUUAACCUCGUGGCUCAUGCCAAUGGUGGAUUCUCUGUGGACAUGGAGGUUCUUCGGAAUGGGGUCAAAGUUGUGCGGUCUCUGAAGCCAGACUUUGUGCUGAUCCGUCAGCACGCUUUCAGCAUGGCACGCAAUGGAGACUACCGCAGUUUGGUUAUCGGGCUGCAGUAUGCUGGAAUCCCCAGUGUUAACUCUUUGCACUCUGUCUACAACUUCUGUGACAAGCCCUGGGUGUUUGCCCAGAUGGUUCGACUGCACAAGAAACUGGGGACAGAGGAAUUCCCUCUAAUUGAUCAGACCUUCUACCCCAAUCACAAAGAGAUGCUCAGUAGCACAACAUACCCCGUGGUCGUGAAGAUGGGGCAUGCACACUCUGGGAUGGGCAAGGUCAAGGUGGACAACCAACAUGACUUCCAGGAUAUUGCAAGUGUUGUGGCGCUGACCAAAACAUAUGCCACUGCCGAGCCCUUCAUUGAUGCCAAAUAUGAUGUGCGUGUCCAGAAGAUUGGGCAAAACUACAAGGCCUACAUGAGGACGUCAGUGUCAGGGAACUGGAAGACCAACACAGGGUCUGCAAUGCUUGAACAGAUUGCCAUGUCUGACAGAUACAAGCUGUGGGUGGACACAUGCUCAGAGAUUUUUGGGGGACUCGACAUCUGCGCAGUGGAAGCACUGCACGGCAAGGACGGCAGAGAUCACAUCAUUGAGGUGGUGGGCUCCUCCAUGCCUCUCAUUGGUGACCACCAGGAUGAAGACAAGCAGCUCAUCGUGGAGCUGGUGGUCAACAAGAUGGCUCAGGCCUUGCCCCGGCAGCGACCGCGGGAUGCCUCCCCUGGCAGGGGUUCCCACAGCCAGACUCCAUCCCCAGGGGCCCUGCCCUUGGGCCGCCAGACCUCCCAGCAGCCUGUGGGACCUCCGGCUCAGCAACGACCCCCACCCCAGGGUGGCCCUCCGCAGCCUGGCCCAGGCCCUCAGCGCCAGGGACCCCCACUGCAGCAGCGCCCACCCCCACAGGGCCAGCAGCACCUUUCCGGCCUUGGACCCCCCGCUGGCAGCCCUCUGCCCCAGCGCCUACCAAGUCCCACAUCAACCCCCCAGCAGCCCGUGUCCCAGGCCACACCGAUGACCCAGGGUCAAGGCCGCCAGUCCCGGCCAGUGGCGGGAGGCCCAGGGGCACCUCCUACAGCCCGCCCGCCUGCCUCCCCGUCUCCUCAGCGCCAGGCGGGACCCCCGCAGGCCCCCCGUCAGGCAUCUGUCUCUGGUCCAGCUCCGCCUAAGGCCUCAGGGGCCCCACCGGGUGGGCAGCAGCGCCAGGGCCCUCCCCAGAAACCCCCAGGCCCUGCUGGCCCCACACGCCAGGCCAGCCAGGCGGGUCCUGGACCCCGUAGUGGGCCGCCCACCACGCAGCAGCCCCGGCCCAGUGGCCCCAGCCCGGCAGGGCGUCCUGCCAAGCCACAGCUGGCCCAGAAAUCCAGCCAGGAUGUGCCACCACCUGCCACCGCUGCUGCAGGGGGACCUCCACAUCCCCAGCUCAACAAAUCCCAGUCUCUGACCAAUGCCUUCAACCUUCCAGAGCCAGCCCCGCCCAGGCCCAGCCUUAGCCAGGACGAGGUGAAAGCUGAGACCAUCCGCAGCCUGAGGAAGUCUUUCGCCAGCCUCUUCUCCGACUGACACCCCACCCUGAGAAUCCCUAAAUCGUUGGGCAACCCUCUCUGGGUCUUGAGUCCAUUUCUCACUUUUGGAAUCUCCAAAUCCCUUGAGAACCCUCUCCUGGUUCUCCAACAUCCCACUUCUCAUUCCUGAAGACACCCAAGUCCCUUAAGAAACCAGAUCCUAAAUCCAGUUCUUACAUCCGGGAUCCCUGAGUCCUUUUAGAGCCCUGGUCCUGGUCACCUCAAGAUCAGUUUUAGAACAUCCAAAUUCCUGAAGAUCUCCACUUCUGGUACCUGUAAAGGGUGAUUUCUUUCCUGGAGGCACCCAAAUACAAGGCAACCUGUUUCUGGCCCUGCUGCCAUUGAACCCCCUCUUGGAGCUCUGAAAUCCUUGGAAAACCCUACUCCUGGUCCUGAAACUCUCCAGUACUCCUUGUUCCUAAUCAAAAGUUUCCAAUUUCUCAAGAAGCCCCUGCCCUUAAGCCCCUUUCCAUGGAUCUUCUAUCUACCUGGAGUUCCCCAUCUUCAAAUGCCACCUGCCACAUAGGCCCUCAAGGAUUUUCCUUCACUGGUUCCCCUCAACCUUAUUCAACACACUGGAACUUCCUUCCUCUUCUAGGACCCCUCAGUUCCCCCAGGAACUUCCUCUCCAGUUUCCUGCCUCUGACAGCUGUCUUUAAAUAUGCAAACUCCAUUCAUCCUCCCAGAAUCCUUUGCACAUGGAAGGCCAGUGGUCUCCAACUUCCCCACCUUUGCCGUGAUGUCUGUGUCUGUGACUGAUGUGGCCUCCUCUUGUGCCGUGCUUGGCAUAUGUGGUCCUCGUUCAUUGUGCCGCCUGUGGUGAUGCGUGCAGUGGCGCUGUUUGUGUGGUCCGCACCUUCCCCCAACCUCUACUCCUUGCCUGGACUUUUUCCCACCCCUCAGCGACUCUGAACCCCAAGAGAAGAGUCGGGAAACAAAAUAAACAAGCAAAGGCCCAGCAGAA